AUGGUGCUACAGGACGAGCAGAAGGUAAGUGAACUACCUUCACGGAAAAUGUAUAAAAAAUUCGAAGAUGAUACGGGUCAUACUGAGUGUGAUGCUACUCAACAAAUAGCAAGUACUUGGGCGUCAUAUCCAUAUAUUAGCCCACAUGAGGACAAAAUUAAACAUGGUUUAUGUUAUGUAUCUCAAAUGAAAGUUAAGAAUGAAUUAUAUUUGAAGCCUUGUACUUUUUUAUUUUAUUGGAUAGUUGAUAUUAUAACGAACGGAGAACCGCCGAAUUCCGAUUUCCCUGGAGUCACUACGCAAGUUCAUAAAUUACUGCAGCAAUUUAAUUCUGAGUGGGAGUGUAAAAAUAUAUACCAAGGUAUUAGCAAGGACCUCUUUGAAAAUAGUAAAAUAUUAUUCGACUUUCUCCAAGACAAUCGUGCUAUACAGACUGCAUUAAGCAAGAGUAACUAUAACUGUAGUGAGGGAUAUAAGGAUUAUCGCCAAAAACUGGAAGGAGCAUAUAAUAAUAUGAGCAGUACGUGUCCUAUUGAUAGUGAAGAUCAGUGUUGUAAAGAUUUUAAUGGUAUGAAUAAGAACCUCGUUCAAGUAGGAAUAUCAAAUUUCAUAUGUAGCGAAGUGAGUAAACCAGAAUCUGGACAUGUGCAAGUUCAGACUAGCCAUGAUAUUCAUUCAGCACCUAAAAUUGGUGGCAACUCCAACCCUACCACUAUUAUCUCUUCUAUACUGGCCACUACAGUGGGGUUACCUGCGUCCAUCGCUUUCUUCCUUUACAAAUAUAACCUUUUACCUUCAUGGCUACAUAACAAAUUAGGAGGAGGGAACAGAAGAGGAAGGAGAGGGAGAUCAACCGGACCCAACUUUGACGACGACACAUUAACAACAACAGACAGUUCAACAAUAGGAGGUUCUACAACAACGGACGAUUAUUAUUCCACUUCAGAUUCGACUGAUACUUCUACCAUAUAUAAUGGACCAUCGAACAGAAGAAGAACGGGAAGAACAGGAAGAACAAAUACGGUACCAAAUAGGCGAACUAAUAUACUGUGCGCAAGAAGAAAGGGAUGA